AUGAACGCUCUCUGGUUUGCGGCGGGUCACCGCAUUCAGGCCCUGGACUGCAACAUGGGCGCCUUCAUCGGCGAGGCUUUCAAGAUUCCUUAUGUGCUUCGGCGGUUUCUGCCCCUGGGCCAGAAAAACCGUGUGGCCUCUCGCUGUCGCUACUUGGGAUUCCGGGAGUAUAUCUACACCGGCCGAGAGGGGACAGUGGGCAAAUGCCAUGCAGCCGCGGAGUGGACCUUUGGUACCAUCUACCAGCGAUUUCUGAGCGGCAUGGGCAUCCGAAUGCACUACGGUCAUCCAGAUUUUGUUUGCGCCUUUUGGGCGCGAAAUCGAGGUGGAAUGAGUAAAGGCUCUGCCGUUGUAAACCUCAGCGAGGACAUUUUUGCAGGUUACAACCUCCACAUGCGCGCCGAAGCGUCGCCGCACGUGGACGUGUUGGAGUUCGAGAAGGGGCGCGAGGCCGCUUUCAACGCUGCGUCGCUCUUCUUCUCGAAGAUUUCCGCGGGAAGCGUGGGCAUAAUUCGUUCUCGAGACAACCACCUGCUAUGCGAAAGGAUUGGUGUUCUUCAUUCUUUAUCGUUCUACUUCACCUCCGUAGCAUUCUAC